AUGUCAGGCACCCUGUCGAAUUCAGAGAAGCUCCAGCGCCUUUUGGCCUGGUUCAAGGAGAACAAGGUGACAUACAACGAGGAGGCGAUCCAGAUUGUCGAGCGCACAGCGACCAAGACCCACGGCAACAUUGUGUCUGACGGCUUUGGCGUUUUGGCACGGCGCGAUCUGGUCGACGAGGAGCCGCUCGUAGUGAAUCCCAAGGCUGCUGUGAUUUCUCCUGCCACCAGCCCGCUCGCCAACCUCUUUGACGACGAGCAGCUGGGCGGCAGCCUGGCAUUGUGUAUCUCGGUGAUCUACGAAAUGUCGCUGGGCGCCGACAGCCCAUGGUCUGGCUACCUGCAGUCGUUGCCCCGGCGUGCGGACAUUCCGCUGUUGUGGAACGACGAGGCCAAGGCGUGGCUCGAGGGAACAGAUGUGGGCAAGCAACUGCAGGAGGUGGUGAGCAAGUAUCCGUACGUGUUCCGCUUCGAGCAGUUCCUGGAUGUCACGAGUCUGGUGUCGUCUAGGGCAUUCAUGGUUGACACUGCCGGGGAGAACGUGCACAUUGAGAGCGAGGAGAUGGUGUGUCCGCUAUGUGGUGAGGCCACGAUCAUGAUGGGUGCUGUGGUGGCCAUGACCAUGGUCACGACCACGGCCACGACCAUGACCAUGGUCAUGAUGAUGAGGAAGGAUGCCGAAGAAUGGGAAUCAGACGAUGACGAGGCAACGUGGUCGAGGAUCCCUGAGUCUGAGGCCGAAGGCAACGGCGGAAAUCCGACUCUGACUACGAGAACAUGGACAGUCGACGAUGAAGAGAGCGACGAUGACGACGAGAGCAAGUGGAUUGAUACUUUGGAUAUGGUUGUGGUCCAGCCGUGCCGUGCCAACAACGAGGUAUUCAACACGUACGGUGAGCAGUGGGUCGUCAUACCUGCUCCAUCGAUCGACGAUGUCCUUGAGGCAUUCAAGGUUGCUGUAUCGGAGGAUCGCGCCAUGGCUGUCGCCGAGCUCAUUGCUGAAUACCCCGAGUCCUUCCAGAUCAGACAUCGGGCUAUGGCCCAGGAGGAAGAGGAGGAAGAGGAGAGGAUAGUGAAGACGGAUGAGGAGGAGGAGGAUAAGACGCCACCCAGGUUCUCCAUCGAUGCGCCCGGCCACCCGAGCCUGUCUCUGGCCGUUCUCCUAUCCCUGGGCUUCUCUGACGAGGCUGCAUUCACCCAGACAAGCUCGAUUCUGGCGUCUCUGUCGCUGCCGCCUUCCGUCACGGCCAACAAGGACUCGCUUAUGAAGAAGAGAUCUGUCUCGCUGGUCUGCCGUGCCGCAUACAUGCUGGCCGAGAAGCGGCUAAGCAUGUGCAAUGACAAUGCACUGGGGGCCAAGCCCACGGAUCUGGCGCAGCUGGAGCGGUGGGAGACAGUCAAGCAGCUGAGGGCGAACGAGCGCAAGACGCUGCAGAACUGUGUCAAGACAUACAAGAAAGCAGUUACCAAGCUCAACUAG